AAGCUGGUGCCAGAUGCUAAGAUCCGGAUUCGGGUCCAAGGGUGUCAAAAGUCAGUAUCACUGGGGACAGCGAGGUGACCGCCGCUUCCUCUCUUCGGGCUGGCGGUCGUAAGAGACGGAACAGUGACAGAGCUUUCCGGGCUAAAAGACAUUAGAUACUGCAGAGGACACAAGUGCAGCCGGCUUUAGAAGCAGCGCAGCCCUAGUCUCGCGACAUCGGGGGGUGGGGCCAUAGCUCCGGAAAGGACCGCCGCCAGGAAUUCUGGGACGGUGGUCAAGCCGGUGGGUAUGGUCCCUUGUACGAGGCUUCUGGGCUUUGUAUAUUUAACCUGGCUCAAUCCGAUCCCUGACGUGUGGGCUCAGUACAUUGAGGGUGCGUGUGGCUCACCCGGGGGACAGGGACUCGGGGGCUGAGUGGAAAGCACACGUCUGCCUGCGUGGAAGGCCCGGGACGAGUCAGGACGCGGAGGAUAAAGGCAGUGGCAGGCGGCCGGCACCCAUCAGCGAGGCAGGGCCUCCGACCUCGGGCUGCCGCUGGGACUGAGCGCCAAGUGCAGGCACUGCGGCAGGUGGCCGCUCUGGGGAAUGGGAAGUUACGGAGACCUUGCCCUGGAGAGGCCAGUGCGAGGAGUUAUGGUAGGCAGCUGACCCUGCAAUGUCACUCAAGUAGAAACACCGUAAGAUGAGGGCGUGGUCAGGCGCGUCUUCCUCACUUUGCCAUUUUAAUGCACGCCCUUCCCUGAGGAGGGAAAACAACCAAGGCCCAGCCCAAGCAGGACUCAAACACAACUCGGCUAUGUAGUUAUGAGACCUUCUCCUUCCAUCUCCCAAGUGCAGGGAAUACAGGCAUGCCCUGCCUCUCAUGGCCAGUAAGGGUAAGUUAAAAUUCACUAAGAGCUUUUUCUCAUCUUAAUAUGUCUCAAGAGCUAUAGUCAUUAAAGAUAGUGAAAUAAUAAACCAAAUCUGUAGAGUUUUGAAGUAAAAUAGGCAAACCUCAGUGAAAUCGAGGCUAAGAAAAAUAAGAUUUGCCUAAAUUCAUCCACAAUAUGUUAGUGGCAGAUCCAUGAAUCAAACAAAAAUAGUUCUACUCUCAAGAUGGUUCUGCUGUCGGUGGCAGAUCACUUAGUUAACUUGUGCAGUGUCCAGAAUUCUAUCUGUAGAAGUGAAAACAAAAAAUCGACGUGGGUGGCGGAACAUGAAUACAAAAACUCAUCUUAUAAAGUGUCCUUGUGUUUACUAAUGAGUCAUAAGUAAAUUGGCGUCUUAGGGCUGGGGAUGCAGUUUAGGAGUACAGCACUUGUAUAGCACACGUAAGGCCCUGGAUUCAGUUCCCAGUACUGAAAUGAAUGGGUAAAUCAGUCAACCAAUAUCAUGAUUCUUCUAGUCUCGUAGGAAUGUGUAAGUCUUUGACGAUGGUUGGUGCGUUAUGUAGGUCCCUCCUUGUUCAGUCUAGAACUGUACCAUGGCUGAGACUGGGGAAGAGGAGACAGCGUCGGCAGAAGCAUCAGGGUUCUCAGACUUGAGUGACUCGGAGUUGGUGGAGUUUCUGGACCUGGAAGAUGCCAAGGAAUCAAAGGUUCCACUUAGCAAGCCUGGUCCUUCUUCUGAACACCCUGGAAAGGAUGACAAACCUGUAAGCUUGCAGACCGGAAAAAAUGGACUGGAUGUCUUGUCACCCAUGGAGAGAUUCCAGCUGAAAUACUUAUAUGUCACAGACCUGUGUGCUCAGAACUGGUGUGAAUUGCAGGUGGUGUACGGAAAGGAACUUCCUGCUUUCUCGACACCUGAGAAGGCAGCUGUUUUGGACACUGGUGCUAGCAUCCACCUAGCAAAAGAGCUAGAACUUCAUGAUCUUGUGACUAUCCCCAUCACCACUAAAGAAGAUGCUUGGGCAGUCAAGUUUCUGAACAUACUCUCCAUGGUUCCUACCCUCCAGUCAGAAGGGCGCAUCAGAGAGUUUCCUGUGUUUGGGGAAGUGGAAGGAGUAUUUCUUGUUGGAGUGAUUGAUGAGUUGCACUACACAGCCAAGGGGGAACUGGAGCUCACCGAACUCAAGACGCGAAGACGCCCAGUGCUCCCUCUGCCAGCUCAGAAAAAGAAAGACUAUUUUCAAGUUAGCUUAUACAAAUAUAUCUUUGAUGCCAUGGUUCAAGGAAAAGUGAUUCCUGCAAGCCUAAUCCACCAUACAAAAUUGUGUCUAGACACACCACUGGGGCCUUCAGUGCUGAGGCAUGCCCAGCAAGCAGGCUUCUCUGUGAAAUCUUUGAGUGACCUCAUGGAACUGGUUUUCUUGUCUCUUACACUGUCUGAUCUCCCAGCUAUCGAUACGCUAAGACUCGAGUACGUCCAUCAAGAGACUGCCACUGUAUUGGGCACAGAGAUUGUAGCCUUUGACGAGAAAGAAGUGAAAGGCCAGGUGCAGCAUUAUGUGGCCUACUGGAUGGGCCGCCGAGCUCCUCAAGGUGUUGAUGUGGAAGAGGCGUGGAAGUGUCGGACCUGUGACUAUGUAGACAUCUGUGAGUGGAGGAGGGGCCAUGGAGUGCUCAGCCCUUCCCUGGAGCCCAAAGCCAAGAAGUUGAAAUGAAUGGAAGUUGUUUUCAGAAAUGUUGAUCGUUUCUGCUCUUAAUACUCCCGUGUGAAAGGGUCGGUCUCUCAGUUGGAUUUCGUGGAUAAGGUUUUUAUUUUUCUGUCCCCAACCUUUAAUAACAUUCCAAUCUGGGGCCAAGAUCAGGAAUGAAUGGAGAGAUUUGGGUUAUGGUUAUGGCUCUGAAAUGAACUGCAGAGAAGACAGAUGUGUGUCGUGUCUGCAGCAAGGGUGUCCCUCACUGAUCACUGUUUUCUCAAGAAAAUUAUUUGGGUUCUGACAUUUUUUAGUUUUUUUCUUGAUGCAUUUUUUUUUACAUUUUUCAUAAUAAAAAUGAAAUGCUCUCUAGAA